CUGGAAUUGAUUAAUAAAGACUUUGAACAAGUCAAAAAUACUUCUCAUGGCUCCACUUCAGAAUGCAAGUUUUUCUGUGUUCCAAGAGACUUUACCACAUUUGCGCUACGGUAUCACCUGUGGAAGAAUGAGGGCCUUAGGUUUGGAUCCAGUUGAGGACCACCACUGAGAUUCAACGUUGACUGCUUCUGAAAUGCAGGAUGUCUGGCAGGCUAUGGCAAUCUUCCAAGAGGUCGAAGAAGGGGAGGCAGGAAGAGCAUCUGAGGAGGACUUCAAACAUGACCAGGAAGAUCUUCACCAACACCAGGGAGCGGUGGAGGCAGCAGAAUGUCAACAGUGCCUUUGCCAAGCUGAGGAAGCUCAUCCCCACUCACCCUCCAGACAAAAAGCUAAGCAAAAAUGAAACACUUCGCCUGGCAAUGAGAUAUAUCAACUUCCUGGUCAAGGUUUUAGGGGAGCAAACCCUGCAGCAAACAGGAGUGGCUGCUCAGGGAAACAUUCUGGGACUCUUCCCCCAAGGAUCCCACCUGCCGGACAGGACUCUUCUUGGUGACUACCAGGUUCCUUCACUUGACCCAAGCCCCAAAGUUGUGUAGUGGGGCUCUGGCUGUAAUCACCCAGGGCAGCACUUGCUCAGAAGCCACUGGCCGUCGACAGCCUUUUGCAUGUUCUGGUAUCAACUUGAUGAAUAAUUUGUGAGGCAUGAAUUUAAGUUCCACAGGAGAUGGCUCAGGGACAGCUGAGCCGGAAAGGGGCUAUGAGGCUUUGGAGUCUGCCACCAGCCCGGGCCUUUCAGGCAGAGCAACCCACCUCUAUUUUAUUUAUCCAGGAUCUGCAUAACAUGUUGUUUGUGGGGGAAAAAAAAGAAAAAAGAAGAAAAAAAACAUAGGUUAAACACAGGUUUGAAAACCACCGCUUUACUCAAUUUGUUUUCAAUACAAGGAAGGAGUUUUCUCAUAACAGAUCUCAGAUGGAUGAGUAGAAAAUGCUUCCCUCAAAAUGUAUUUUUUUUUUCGAAAUGUAUUUUAAAGUUUGUUUUGAAAAAUGAGAUAUAUGUGAUGGAGGGUGAAUGAAAUAAGGUUGAUGAAUGUGAAGACAACCCUCAUGGAAACCAACAUGAACUCCCUGCGGAAGUUCAGGGAAAAGACCCUCCUGACCUGUGAGGAUUACAGGAACAUGGCCAAUACAUGUGGAAGAGCUCUGUAUCCCUUAUCCCUGUGGAAAUACGAAGUGUUGCCUGUGUUGAGCCAUUUAUAUAUGUGUUAUCUCUAAAGCCAAAAGGUGGAUUAUAUCUGUGAGAGGAAAGGACUUGAUAAUUUAUGAAGUAGAGUUCAUAGUUUUCUUAUGAAAAACAGCUGAACUAGGUUAUCUAAACCCUUAGUUGCACAUGUCAGACAUUAAAACUUUUCAUUCAGCCUGA